AUGGCAAUGCUACGUACGCUGAAGGUCAGCAUUUUACUUUUCUGUGCGCUAAGUCAACACUUAAACAAAGCUAACGGGAGAUGUCUCCGUAAAGCUGCAAAAGAAACUUGCCCCGCAGGAUGGAGCAAGUGGAACAGUCACUGCUACAAGUUUAUUUCUGAGCACCGUGAAUGGGCUAAUGCAAAAGAUAAAUGCAUUGAGAUCGGGGGCGUGAUGGCAACCCCAAAUUCUCUGGAGGAGCAGUCACACCUCCAAAGUGUUACGUUAGCCAUUUGGAUUGACUGCAAUGAUAUUGAAGAAGAAGGCACCUGGGAGUGCAAGGAUGGAGCAACUGAUGUUGACUUCAGGAGUUGGGGAGAUGGGGAGCCUAAUAGUGGAAUUGCUUACAAUUGUGGCACGCUGUGGCCUUCCGGCUGGAGGGAUUGGCAAUGUGGUAAUGGUGACAAGGCCCCUGUAGUGUGUAAGCAACCAGUGGCAUAA